AUGCCGAAGCAGGCGGUGACGACGCGCGUGAAGAGCCACACCAAGCUCACGGACCAGCACCCCUGGGUGGAGCUGGUCUUCCGGCUUCUGGGGGCCUGUGGUACCACGGUGGUUUUUGGGAUCCGCCUGGUCAUCGCGGAGUUUCUCUUCGGCAUCAUGGCCUGGGCGCCGGUCCGGGCGGCCGGGGCGCUGCUGGCGGCGGUGCCCUUGGUCUACACCGGCAAGCAGAACUUCCUGAACCUCUUGGUCUCCAAAAGCCCUGCAGAGGCCCUGGCGGAGUUGUCCAAGCUGGUGGGCAUGGGGGGCCCCUUCGUGUGGUUCGGCCUGCGAAGUUUGGACUGGGAGCUGGGCAUGAAGGCCAUGAUCGGGGCACUUCUGUUCUACUUGGCCCUGCUGCUGCUGAGAUUACUUCUCAGCCAGAAGAAGGUGCCAGAGAAGGAGGAGAAGAAGAAGAGCGGCAAGAAAGAGAAGAACUGA